AUGCCACCACCGGAAGCCGCAGAAGCCGAGGACCAAGGUCUGGAUGACCUGCACCCCGGCCGGCCAAUAGAGCCAGCGGCACCCCAAGUCGGGGCUCAGGACCAGGACGGUCCACACCUCGACCGGCCAACAGAGCCACGACUACCCUAUACCGAGGCCCAAGACCAGGACGGUCUCCACCCCGGUCGGCUAAUAAAGCCAACCAGCCAACCAGGACGGCAACCUACGGACCAUGGACGGGUCCAACGUCUGGAUGACGACCGCCCUCCAUGUCCACUGAUAGCCUACCCUGAGGCGACACCAGGCCCUAGCCAUGCUAGGCCACAUGCAAACCCCCGAGCCAGCCACCACCCGCUAAUAAAACCAACCAGCCAACCAGGACGGCAACCUACGGACCAUGGACGGGUCCAACGUCUGGACGACGACCGCCCUCCAUGUCCACUGAUAGCCUACCCUGAGGCGACACCAGGCCCUAGCCAUGCUAGGCCACAUGCAAACCCCCGAGCCAGCCACCACCCGCUAAUAAAACCAACCAGCCAACCAGGACGGCAACCUACGGACCAUGGACGGGUCCAACGUCUGGACGACGACCGCCCUCCAUGUCCACUGAUAGCCUACCCUGAGGCGACACCAGGCCCUAGCCAUGCUAGGCCACAUGCAAACCCCCGAGCCAGCCACCACCCGCUAAUAAAACCAACCAGCCAACCAGGACGGCAACCUACGGACCAUGGACGGGUCCAACGUCUGGACGACGACCGCCCUCCAUGUCCACUGAUAGCCUACCCUGAGGCGACACCAGGCCCUAGCCAUGCUAGGCCACAUGCAAACCCCCGAGCCAGCCACCACCCGCUAAUAAAACCAACCAGCCAACCAGGACGGCAACCUACGGACCAUGGACGGGUCCAACGUCUGGACGACGACCGCCCUCCAUGUCCACUGAUAGCCUACCCUGAGGCGACACCAGGCCCUAGCCAUGCUAGGCCACAUGCAGAGACCAAACCCCCGAACCAGCCAUCACCCGCUGUAGGCGGUCCAACCAAGCGACCGACCCAGCAUUUUCCCGGACACCUUGAUAUAAGGCGCAAGCGACGUCCAGUGAGGAUGGUCGCUAUUUCUCCGCCGCCCACCAAGAGGACUCAGCAGCCACGUCCCCACGAGAGGCCAGGGACGUCGGCCAACCCCCAGUAG